AUGAAUCGCUGGCACGAAGUCAGCUGCGUCAAACCUGACGUUCAAGUCUUGCCAGACGGGACAAUCCGCUGCUUUUCCUGUCAUCAAACCCCUCACACCACCCAGCUCAUUGCCGAGAGGGCCACAGUCAGCUCGGUUCCGCUCGUGCCACCGGACAAACCUCUAGGGCAACUAAAGCUCUGGUGGCCGCGAUCUGUCCCUUACUUGGUAUCGACACCGCCAGCAAGCGAUGAUGCAGGAAUUGGCCAACAUGAAAUGGACCUGGAUCAGCCUUCGGAAGCGGCUUUGAUGUCAGGGCCAUACCCGUCGACUCUCGGGCAAAGCGAGCUCCGCCUCAUCUGCAUCGAAGCCGCCCCCUCUCCCGACUAUCCUUUACACCUAAGCCUGGAGGUCUACGACUUGGACAACUGUCCGGAAUACGAAGCCGUCUCAUAUACAUGGGCCGGCGAGGAUGGCGACAGUACACUUUCCAAGCCCAUCUACGUGGGCCCAUUCUGGGACUGUUUAGUUCAGACAAACAAUUGCUGGGAAAUGCUGCGCUUCGUACGGCCAUGGCGUGGCAUUCGGAUGCUCUGGGUCGACGCCAUCUGCAUUAAUCAGAACAACAUCCCGGAACGAAGCAGCCAAGUUGCCAACAUGGAUCGUAUCUACUCUUCUUGCAGUCGUGUCGUUGUCUAUCUUGGACCUGACCUGGCCACUUCUCUCCAUGGGAGAUAUGCUCGUCGUGGAAGGCUGCACGAGCUGGAGACAGGCGUCAUCAAGCCUGCAUUCCCUGCUCAAACGCAGCAGCCUCAGCCCUAUCGGCUCGAAGAUCUUCUAAGUCGGCGGUACUUUUCUCGGAUCUGGGUUGUACAAGAACUGCUCCUUUCUAAAGGCGCUGUUAUAAGAGUCGGCGACGUCGACUUCUGGGCCGAUGCUUCAAUGUCGAGCCGUCUCUCUUCAAGCAUGCCAACGUGGACGUGGGGACAAACACAUGCUGCAUGGGCACGGUACAUAUCGCAGGGGGCUUCAAGUAUCGGUGAUCUUAAGGAGCUGCUUCAGACCACGGCUCUUUCUCUGGCAACCGACCCCCGCGAUCGACUCUUUGGACUUCUUGGCAUCAUGCCUGAGCUAUCGGUCUUGAGCGACCCGCCAACUUCGGAUUCCCACACUCACCCUCUACAGCUUGGAGGUCUUCAGGCCGACUACACGCUUUCUUGUCAACACAUCUUCAUUGGACUGUUCGGAUACUGCAUUCUGAACCUGCAGCGGCCAGAUGUCCUCUACCACGCGUCGUCCGCCUCGCCUGUUCCCGGCUACCCAUCAUGGGUCCCCAACUGGACCUCCCCGGAAACCUGGAGGUUGCUGUUUCAAUCACCAAAGACCGAUGAUGAGAGGAUACUCAGUCUGGUUCGGCGUAGAGUACCCCCAGACACCAUGAACCUCUCAGACGCAUCAGAAUCCGAGGAUGACGAAGAUCCCGUUCGGCAUCACGACCUUGAGGGCCCUGCUCAUGCCUACAUCCAAGCAGAACGGCGAUGGAAUCAGAAUGCUAGCAUCGACACCUCUACUGGAGCCUUGUCCAUCAACUUGACACACUGCAUGCCGUUAUCUGAGACGCCUGAGAAGGUUGAAGAGGCCGACGGCUUCUUCCUUUUUUAUCUUGACGCUGAGCCGUGCGGCCUCUACCUGGUUUCUGAGCACAGACUUGAUAAACUCAUCACAGGUUCAGACAACGACCAGUUAUUCAUCCUCGACGCAGGUGAUGACUGCAGGGUUUAUCUGAUUCUGCGGCCAAGAAACCUCACGAAUACGUUCAAACUAGUUGCAGUUUGCCCGUAUAUCGUGAUCAAAACCCGUUGGGGGGGUUACCCGGAGAUAGGGCUCAGCAACCUCCAGUACAGCCUCUAUGAUGCCUUGCCGGAAGUUCAACCAAAAUUAGACCAAGAGCUGGAUCUAGAAGAGGAGUUCGCACCCCUCUGCUCUGGGGUUAAGUCCUACCGCGAUUUGCUACCCACGCUGGUAAAACGGCACAGGGAAGGGCCGGGAGACGUCUGGGAACUUGCGAGUGCCAUCUACGAUGCGUGUGUGGAACGAAUCGACCCAAGGUUCUUACCACGGAUCAGCGACGAUGGACAUGUUGAAAUAACCAUAUCCAGUUUGGAUAAAGAGUUUCCCAUCUAUACGAGAAGAAUCAUAAACCACGAUCACGGCCCUGACUUUAGGUACCGCAUCAAGGGCGAAGAGGAGUGGAGAGAUGUUCCCCUUUCUUUGACCACCUACAACAACAUGGUUCAAGCUGGGGAACAGUGGAUUGAUGUCCAAUUUGCAGAGAUUACGGAUCCGAGAUACUUUAGGCCCGACGCACAUCAGAUUUCUAAAAGUCUUUUCCGCGAUCUGGAUCGAUUUGCCCAAGUGAGCAAGCAUACAGGAGAGGACAUUUUGUCUAUGCUGACGAGGGAUCGGACGGAUGAGGACAAGUUUGUAGGGUGUGAGAGUGCGUUUUUCCAUGACCUCUUUUGGCAAGAUGGUCCUUGGGAUAAGCUACAGUUGGUUGGGAGCACUUUCAUGGUUCACAUAGAAUAG